AUGGCCCAGAUAAUCCCCUCCAUUACAUCGCUCCCAAGCGAUUCCGGUGCUGCUCCGUCCGUCGAGGACAUCCAGGACCACCUUCCCUCCAUUUGUGUCGACUACCUCUCGCACAACUGGACCGAAGAAGAUGUUUGGGCCUCGUGGCGCAACAUGACCCGGCACAAGCACGAGAUUGCCAACGGUGUUCGCCUCGAGAAUGCUAGUUGGAGGACAUGGAACAAGCAGCGCAACAAGCUUCGCACCAUUAGCCCAGAGACACUUAACUGGCUCAAGGAUUCGGACGUUACUUGGCUCUACGGCCCAUUGCAUACGGCCAAGGUCCAGCCCGUUCGUCCCCUCAAGAUCUCGUCCACUGCAGACCGUGUGGGCAUCGACCUCCCCAACAAGAACGGCAAGCCUGGUAUUCUCAAGCACAGGACAUUGAGCGAGCUCCUCUCUCUUCCGGGCCCCACCUCUCCCGAUCUCGAUGACACGGAUGCCAUUGACGAGGACGACUUUGUUGUUGCAGGCCCAGUCCGUGCUGGCCUUUCUCAUACCAAGUCUGAGACCAACCUGCUGCGCAGCAACUCGAUGCCGGCUCGCAGACGCGCUGUGGGACUGGGCCGUUCUGGCUCUGUCCGCGCCGCGUCGGGCAACAACAGCCGCUCCAAGGAAGUGUCACCAGAGAACAACAACCGCCGGAAAAUCACGUUCAACACGUUUGUCGAGCAGUGUGUCGCACUCGACGAGCCCAACCUCUCUCAGGUCGUUGUUGACGACUCUGACGAUGACGAGAUUAUUGAGAUGCGCUCCAGUCUGUCGCGGUUCUCGAGCGGCCGCCGCUCGUCGUCUGUGUCGUCGACAUUGAGCCAGGCCUCGAUGACUAUCAAGAUGAUAGCCCCUACUGUCCUCAAGACGGCCGGCUCAUAUGCCAACAAUCCGUCUGUGCCCCAGACAGUGCACCGCCCACCACUUGCAUAUAUGCCGCAGGAGGAGAACACUGCGCCUACGAUCAUAACCCCUUCCUUUGGCUCCCAGUCGCCACUUGGCCAGGUCGGUAGCCGCCCCUGGCACAUUGAUGACGACCAAUAUGGCAGCCCCAAGCUUGAUUAUUUUGUUGGGCCCGAUCUCACCGGCACAAGCCCCCGUACCGGCACAUAUGGUCGCGCCCCGGCUGUCCAGACUCCGCCUGCGCAGCCCAAGUGGCGCCAGGCGCAGACCAUCGACGUUCCCCAAGGCAACAUGUCAUCGUCGUCGUCGUCUUCGUCUCUCAACAUCGCAAUCCCGCUCGGCGCGUCCUCGCCUCAGCCUCCGAGCAGGGGUAUCCUCAAGGUUCGUACCGCUCCAUCAGCGUCGCAGCAGGUUUCCGAGCCCAUUUCGCCCCCUGCCAUCUUCAACUACAACCCGUCCGUGGCCACAGGUAUCGGCGGAAUGUACGGCAGCUACGAGAACGCCCAGCUGGCAAUCGGAACGGCUGCCACUGCGUCUGAGGAGCGCUCUCAUCGCGGCCGCUCUGCCCAGCGUGGGUAUGGCUCGUCAAAGUAUGACCGCAGUGUGCCUCCUCGCGGCUCGUCGACAUCCUCGGCUUCGUCGGUGGGAUCCGUCUCGCGCUCUCCUGUCGACGGUGGCAACUCGGAGACGGCUUCACGACCGCAGCAGGUCGACAACGCACAGCACCACGAGCCGAUGGACGUGGACGCGUCUCCAGAACGCUCUUCCACCCCUACCCCUCACUCAUCGCCGCAGAUCGUGUUACGGCCGCUAAAGGACACCUCGCCUGCAUCCCUUCCUCACACCUCGACUCGACUGACUGGCCCAGGACCUGAACCCGUGGGUGAACGCCCGAACUUCAUCGACUCGCCCGCCUCCGUCUCUCCCAAGGCUACCUUGGGCGACGUGCGUGGCGAGCUGUCGCAGCCUUCGGACGGCGACGACGACGACGGUUCAACGCUCAUCGGCCGAGCGACCAACAUUGCCAACACGGCCAAGGACCUCCUUGGCGCUCUGUGGUAUGGGUCGCAGGACGAGGCGGCGCGCGCGCGCCCUGCUGCACAGCAGCACCGCCGCGGCGCCUCGUUAGGCUAA